GCGGUGGCGGGAGCCCGUGAAUUCGAUUGGGGCGCGACAGCGUGGAGCGAUAGCUGGCCCUGGUGUUUAGGAGCUAUACAUGCAGAUCUGGAGGCCUUUGGUUGCUCAAAGGACGUGGAAGAGUGUUGUUAGUCGCUGACGCGUGAACAGUAUUGAGUACAUACUGUGAUGUUGGGGCUGAAGAUGGUCUACGGUCUAAACACGGCAGUAAAUUCACUUUGAUCUGUUUGAGCGGUGACCCAUGAAACACACAUUAGAAGUUUAAACUUAUUACCCUUUUAAUUGAUGACAAGUGCAUAACAUGGGAUAGCCAGCUCAGCUCGCAGGCCGGUUUUAACCUCUACCUGGCAGUAGGUAUCAUCCGUGACUGGAAUAUUUAGUGAUAUUUCUGAAGAAGACACAUCUUGGCCAAGAUGGGUAAUUCAGAAAGUGCUGUGGAGAAAGAUGACUACAGACAGACCAUGGAGAGGAGAGUGAACAACUACUCAUCCAGCAUAGUUCCAGGAACUGUAGCAACAUCACUGACAAUGAAACUUCCAAUGCCUGAUCAAGAUGCAUUGGAGGAGAAGUUCAACAAGGUUCUGGCCUCCAUGGACCUGCCGCCCGACAAGGCCAAGGUGUUGCGCCAGUACGACAACGAGCGCAAGUGGGAGAUGAUCUGCGAUCAGGAGCGGGUGUCGGCGCGCGAGCCGCCGUCCUUCUACCUAUGCAAGCUGCGUACCUACCUGGACCCGAAGGCGUCGCGCAGCCACCGGAAACGGAAGUUGAUGGGAGAUUCAACAUCGACACAAGUGCUGCGUGACCUGGAGAUCUCGCUGAGGACCAACCACAUCGAAUGGGUGCAGGAGUUCCUGAAUGAACACAACAACGGCCUCGAGGUGCUGGUGGACUACCUCACUUUCCGACUCAUGCUAAUGAGACACGAGCAGCGGGUGAAGCAGCAGCUGGAGGAGGAGGCCGAGGAGCUGGAGCGGGGCGGCGCCGAGCCGCCGCGGCCCGAGCGGGAGCCGCCGCCGCGGCUGGAGCGCGCCGCCUGGGCGCGCCAGAGCUUCAUCGACCAGAUGGACACGCCCAAGCUGAAGCGAGCGUCGCGCCACAUCGCCAAGCUCAACAUGGGCGACACCAAGGACGACAUCCACGUCUGCAUCAUGUGUCUGCGCGCCAUCAUGAACAACAAGUUCGGCUUCAACAUGAUCAUCGAGCACCUGGAGGCCAUCAACAGCAUAGCGCUCAGCCUCAACCACAAGAGCUUACGGACCAAGGCGCUGGUGCUGGAGCUUCUGGCCGCCAUCUGUCUGGUGAAGGGCGGCCACCAGAUCAUCCUGGGCGCCUUCACCAACUUCAAGGAGGUAUGCUCCGAGGACCGUCGCUUCCAGACGCUCAUGAAGUACUUCAUCCACUACGAAGUCUUCCACAUCGAGUUCAUGGUGGCCUGCAUGCAGUUCAUCAACAUCGUGGUGCACUCGGUGGAGGACAUGAACUUCCGCGUGCACCUGCAGUACGAGUUCUCCAUGCUGGGGCUGGACGAGUACCUGGAGAAGCUGCGGCACACGGAGAGCGAGGAGCUGCAGGUGCAGAUCUCGGCGUACUUGGACAACGUGUUCGAUGUGGGCGCGCUGAUGGAGGACUCGAUGACCAAGGCCAUCUACAUCGAGAAGGUGGAGGAGCUGGAGUCGGAGCUGGCGCAGACGCAGGAGGAGCUACAGGAGGUCGAGGUGGAGGCCAUGCAGAAGGUGGCCGACCUCGAGGUUGCCACUGCCGAUAUCCGGCGUGAGCGGGACGAGCUGCUGGAGAAGAUGCAGCAGUUCACUGAGGAGGUGACGUCGCUGCGCCGGGUGGCCUCUGAGAAGGAGGCGGAGUCGAUUCGGCGCCAGUCCAUGCUGGAGAGCAAGAUCCAGCAGCUGGAGACGUUCGCGCUCACCAUACCGCAGGGCUCGGGCGGCGCGGCCGGCUCCGGCGCCGGGGUGGGCCCGGCCGCCGCCGGCGGCGCGGCCCCGCCACCGCCACCGCCGCCGCCUCCCCCGCCGCCGCCGCCGCCGCCGCCCGGCGGCAGGAUCCCGCCGGCGCCGGCGCUGCCGCCGGGCCGCGGCGGGCCCCCGCCGCCGCCGCCGCCGCCCGGCCAGCUGCAGCUGCCGCAGGACGGCUCGCUCACCAUCAAGCGCCGUCUGCAGACCAAGCACAAACUGCCCACGCUCAACUGGAUCGCGCUGAAGCCCAACCAGGUGCGCGGCACCGUCUUCAACGAGCUGGACGACGACAGGCUAAUGAGCAUCAUCGACUUCGCCGACUUCGAGGAGAACUUCAAGAUCGGCACCAGCCUGCUGGCCAACGGCACCCUGGACAGCCGCGACGGCGCGUUCGGCACGCUCGGCAGCAAGCGCUUCAAGCGGCCCGAGAAGACCUCGCUGCUCGAGCACAACCGGCUGAGGAACAUCGCGAUCUCGCGGCGCAAGCUGGAGCGGCCUGUCGAGGAGGUGGUGCGCGCCAUCAACAUGCUGGACCUGAAGACGCUGCCUCUGGAGAUGGUGGAGCUGCUGCAGCGCAUGGUGCCCACCGAGGCAGAGACCAAGCUGUACCGCGAGUACGAGGCGGAGCGCAAGGACGCGUCGGCGCUGACGGACGAGGACCAGUACCUGAUCCAGCUGUCGCGGGUGGAGCGGCUCGCCAACAAGCUGGCCGUCAUGGCCUACAUGGGCAACUUCUUCGACAACGUCCACCUGGUGCAGCCGCAAAUUCAUGCGGUGAUCAGCGCCUCCAACUCCAUUGUGGCGUCGAAGCGCCUGCGCCGCGUGCUGGAGGUGAUCCUGGCCUUCGGCAACUACAUGAACAGCGCCAAGCGCGGCCCGGCCUACGGCUUCAAGCUGCAGUCGCUUGACAACCUGACGGACACCAAGUCGCAGGACAAGCGGCGCUGCCUGCUGCACUACAUCGCGCAGACGAUGCACGAGCGCGUGCCGGAGGCGGUGGGCGUGGAGUCGGAGCUGCGCUUCGUCGAGAAGGCCGCUCAGGUGUCGCUGGAGAACGUGCUGACGGACGUGCAGGAGCUGGAGAAGGGCAUGGAGGCGGCGCGCCGCGAGAUGUACGUCCGCCAGAACGUCAAGGACGAAGCGAUGAAGACGGCGCUGCGCGACUUCCUGGCAAACUCGGACGACAAGUUGCGACGGCUGCGCACGGAGAGCAAGACGGCGCAGGAGGCGUUCUCGCGCGCCGUGGAGUACUUCGGCGAAAGCAGCCGCGCCGUGGCCGCCAACACGUUCUUCGCCAUCUUCGCCCGCUUCCUGAAGGCGCUGAAGGUGGCGGAGCAGGAGAACGAGCACCGGCGUAAACUGGAGCGGGCGGCCGAGGCGGCGGCGGCUGCGCAGCGUGACAACAACAACGUCGCCAGCGUCAACAAGCGCAACAAGAUCAACGCCAAGAAACAGCAGGCGGAGGUGAUCCAGGAGCUCAAGUCGAAGUCGCGCACCGGCGUGCAGGAGAAGAAGCUGCUGGGCCAGGAGGAGGUGUACCACGGCGCGCUCGAGGACAUCCUGCUGGGCCUGCGCAGCGAGCCGUACCGGCGCGCCGACGCCGUGCGCCGCAGUCAGCGCAAGCGCACGGAAACGGCGCGCCUCUCGCGCGCGCUCGAUGACAUGGACGUGUGACGACGCCGCCGCCGCCGCCGCCGCCGCCGUGGAGGAAUCUGUGAUACCCGCGCCGCCGUGCCAUACCGCCGCCGUCGCCGGUAGUGCUCCGCCGCGCCGCCAGGUGUCAGGCGGCGCGGCCGCCGCGGGGUGCGUGCUGCGCCUGGCCGAAGCGGCCUCCUUGUGAAGUGUUUUAUUUUUGUUGCGCGUCUGCUGUGCGGCGGCGGCGCGUCCGCUCGCGCCGUGUGCAGAUCUGAGCGGUGGAGUGUUGUGGCCGCGGCCGCGGCCGGCGCGGGCGACCGUUCGCGUUCGGUUCGGCAGGAGAGUCCAGGCACCCGCCCGCCGCGCGCCGCUCCUGCCCCCAUCCGGUGCCUUCAGGGCGCCCCAGUCACGCCGGCGUCCGCCGCACGCACCGUUUUAUCACGCGCGACGCACGCACAACGCAGUGUACGGCACGGCCCCGCCCAAUAUUCUUAUUUUUGUAUUUAUAUGGAAAUACAUCGGGUGCCGCUA